AUGAGUUCCCAUCUGGUCAGGGAUCUCCGACUGAUAACGAUUUGCAACUUCAAUGUUGACGUUGCUGCUGACCGGAUUUUGUCGGACGCAAGUCCGUCUCUAGCUACUGAUGGCCCGAUCAAUGUCUUCUAUACUCUCCACAACAUCAAGAACAUCCUUCUAUACGUUAGCGAGGUAGCCGUGGCGUACUCUGGGGUAGACUUUGGCGCUGCUUCCUUGCCGGACUUGGGGCGGCGACUCUACAAAGUCAAGAUUUGCAUCUGGAUCAAGGCACUUGAUCAAGAGACAUGGACACUAUUUCAUAAGUUGAAGGUGGAUGUUCGUAAUCUAAUAGAGGUAGGGAACCUGGCUGAUCGUGAUAGAGAGUCUCUAUUUGUUACUAACACGCUUCUUUGGCGUUUCAAUGACAUCUACUACUGCCUCCGAACAGAUCUAAAAGAUAGCUCUGCCAUGGAGAAAACAAGACAAUUGAGCUGGAACAGAGCCAGAGGAACCAAACCUUCAUACACCGUCAACGAUAUCCGUCAAUUAACCAGCUUGUACAUUGGUAUUCGCGAAUUUGCCGAGGUCAAGAAGACCUUAGGAGCGCAAAUUGCUGAGCUUUCACAAAUGAUCAAUAAGACCCCCGAUUCUGACAUUCCUGAGCGGAUUCGAAGUUUGAAAUUUGACCUACACACCUUACACAAGUACAUAGUUCGGCAAAAUAGCGCCAUCGAUGCCUUACUUUCCGAAGUUUACCUGAAAAAGCUCCAUAUUGGAAGAUCAACCCAUAUCAUCGAGAAAGAUUUCCCACACUUCAAGGAGAUGUGCUCCGAGCGACUCGAAAUCGCAGCAGCUCAAAUAGAACCGCUUCAGGAGUCUCUCAAUCUGUCUGUUUACCCUAACUUGAUCUCCACUUUACAAGAGGUUGGCAUGGUUUUGAUUGAUACGUAUCCUAUAGAAUUGAUGGCAAGCGGACGCUUUUCCAUCUGUGGGAUUGAGUUUCCGAUGUCUAUUCGAGAAAUACUCGAUUUCUGCUAUUACGGUCACAGUGAAUCUCGUUUGGAAAAUGGAGGUACGAGUGAACACGACCAAAGCAGAGUCAACAGUACAGAAACUGGCGACAGCCCCAGCAUUACUGUCGAGACCAUCAACGCAGGACUCUCAUACAUAGUCUUGUUGAUGAUGUCUUUAGCAGACCUCAUGAAUGUCUCACUCAAGUAUCCAAUGAAGUUUGGGCCCUUGGGAAGCUACCUCGUGGAUAAUGUCUCACCGCAACAAUUAUCUCCAAUCGAUCAGAAGCAUGCUAUGGAUAUCAGCAAAAGCGUGAAAAUCAAAUUUCCACUCUUUUACAAUGGCGAUCACACUCAAAAAUUCGCUUCAUACGAAAAUCCCAACAGAAACUUCACACUCAAAAAUGCCCGGUUCGAGCAGGGCCUCAAUUUACUCAACAAGAACUUAGUCUUCCUCAUAAGUCUGAUUACAGAUCUCUACUCGCAAUAUUACCAUGACAAUGUGGCCAACCAUCUUAUCUCGAACAACAUUCCCGUGGACUGUCUCGACAAUUUUUUGUGGAAUCUCCAGUACUUGAUGCUUUUCAUCACAGCUCCUACGGCAGGCUAA